AUUAGGUCUACUCACAAGGAAAUCAGGAUCUUGGAACAAGAAAAACCAGAUGAUAGAUGUUUGCGUUAAUUAAGAAUCUCAGAUCCAUUUGAACUCUAUAUGCUUUUAUAUCGCCUGGGUUUACGAUCUUAUUAAAGAGAUGAGAGGUAUUCCUUUCGAAAAACGCACCAAACUAAACAUCAAACAUUGUAGGGGGAAUUGUGCGGAAAUUGUGUAUAUGGUAUUAUUUUAUGAGUUAUGGAGAAUAUUGGAGUAAAUAUGCUAAUUUAAUGGGUGAGCGCACCAUGAGAGUACAAAAAAGAGUCUGGCGACAAUUUAAGUGCCAUUUCGAUGGUAAUUCUUGCGAUAUUCUCUGUCAUCUCGGGAGAAUGGCAGAUAGGCGCCUGCGUGGAUUUUUUUUCCAUCAAUCUCUCCUCGCGAAGAAUUUGCAAAGAUAAACAGAGAUAGUGAAGAUUUUGAGGUGGAAGAUAUUCGUGACUCUUUUUUAAUUUCUGUAUUUUGAGCUGAAAAAGGCGCCUGAAAUACGAGAAGUUGUGAAUGGAAAGGUGCGUUAGGAGUUGAGAAGAAGAUUUAUUGGUUAAUAUCCCUUCCUCUCCUCCCGGAAAAAUUGUUUGAUAUAGAGUUUGGGAGUGCGGAGCUUUUUGGGUGGGAUUCUUUUGGGCUGCAAAGUGUUUUCAAUGAGUGAGGGAUUUUAUGGGCAGUACACCAUUUGAAUGGGAAGCAUAUGAUUUUGGGCGGACAAUUGGUAAUAAUGUAUGCAAAAGAUUGCUAGUUCAGCACGAGGAACAAUAAUUAAUUCAUAUUAAAUCCAUUUUAAUUGAAGAAUUCUUCCCAGGGAGACUAUCGUUUAGUGGGGAUUUGUGGUCAGGGGAAAUCUAGAUUUGUCAGUGAUCACCAUGGUGAUGAUGUCUAUUGGUGGCGUGUAUUAAAUGUUCAACCGGUUUUUUGAAUUUUUCCACCUUUUAUCCGAAACCGCCAAGCACAUUUUGCUCUCCAAAGCAACUCUUAUAUGCAAAACUACUCACCCAGUGUUGAUACAACCAUCAUUCACUGGGCAUGGCUGUUGGUGUUGUGAGGAAAAGAGCCUAGAGAGUACAUCUAUUGUGUCGGUGAAGUGGCCAAAAGGCAGCAGGGGGAAGACGUUGAGACUUCAGUGAAUUUCGCGAGGGAGUGUGCGGGCAUCAUGAGAGGCAUCAUCACACAACUCAUCAUCAUUCCACUGCUUCUCGGCCAGGAGACUGCCAUCAGAGGUGAUGCUGCUGACUCUGAACCCAGAGAUCCUUUCCUGGAAUACAAUCUCUUGGAUGCUGUUGCAUUGCCAAAUGACGGUGUGGCUUUCAUCACAGACAACGAUAAUUUUCCCGUGCUCAAUAUCCAAAAGGAGGCAGACAUUAAGACGCCCUAUCGGCUCAUUUUACCUGAACGACUGAAUGAUUUUCUCAUAAAUGGAUUAAUUAGGCUUGAGUCGCUUUCAGGUGGAUACAUAUUCAGUGUGGUAAAUCCUCUGGAAACGAUAGUUCAACUCGGUGUUCACCUUUCACCGGUGUUGAAUGAGUUCAUGAACAUAACACUUUAUUACACUGAUCCAUCGUAUGAUUCAUCGCGCGAAUUGUACGCAUUUGAAAUUCCAUACACGAAGGAAUGGUUCAAUUUUGCUUUCAAAGUUCUACACGACACUCUUGUGUUCUAUUUGGACUGUGAUGAGUUCAGCACGGUGAAAAUCAAGCGUCAACCUACUGCCAUGACCUUCGAUUCUGCCUCAACUCUGUUUGUAGGUCAGGCGGGACCAAAGCUCAGGGGCAACAUUGAGGGAUCCUUUCAAUUUCUCAAAAUCUAUGGCAAUCCCGUCAGUCAUCUCAUGAGAUCAUGCAUUAAGCCGGAUUUUAAAAAGAAGGGUGACCUAGGAUUUCCAACAGACACAUUUUCCAUUCCAUCGGAUCCAUUUGGUUCAUUGGACAGCGAGUUAGGGUCCAAAGGUGAAAAAGGUGAUCGGGGACUGCGAGGACCACCUGGCGACAGUAUUCGAGGACCACCUGGACCACCGGGACCGCCUGGAUUUCCUGGCACAACUAUAGAUAUUACAAAUAAUACAGAACUGCAUACAACUAUUAGACAAAUUGCAGAAACUGUUUUUCUUACCAAAAAACCUCAAGAAACUUGCUCUUGCAAUGUUACAUCAGCAGUAAAUAUUUUGAAAAAUGAUAUACUGUUCCAAGACUUGAUCAAAGGUCCUCCAGGAAUGCCUGGGAAAGAGGGUCGUGCCGGUCCUCCUGGUACUAAGGGAGCAACAGGAUCACCUGGAAUGCGAGGUGCAACUGGUUCAAAGGGAAGUAGAGGAGAACCAGGAGAACAGGGUCGAAAAGGUGAACCAGGCGUCGAUGGAGCUCCUGGUUUGAAGGGACCUCCUGGACCAGCUGGACCUCCAGGAUUUCCAGAGAAUUAUAACAACUGGAAUCCUUCAAGAAUGUUUAAGGAAUCCUUAAUCGUCAACACUAUGCAAAAUCUGAAUAACAAUCUGAUGGGGAUUAAAGGAUAUGCUGGAGAAAAAGGUGAAACUGGUAUUCCAGGAGACAAAGGAAUGAAAGGUGAUAAAGGUGAUGAAGGAUCUCGCGGGGUUUCAGGAGAAAAGGGUUCCUCUGGUCCUGAAGGUCCUCCGGGUCCGGUUGGUCCGCCAGGUCUUAAGGGUGAUAGAGGUGAUCCAGGGCCACCUGGAGCAGUUAUCUAUGGUGAUCCUGUCAAUUCCAGUCAGUGUCAGUGUACGGGUGAUAAAGGGGAUAAAGGCGAUUUUGGUGAUCCUGGCCUUAAAGGCGAAAAAGGUGCUGAAGGAUCUUCGGGUCUCAUCUCAGACUUGAAUAUCUACAACAUCACAAAGGGUGACAAAGGUGAACGAGGCCAAAGAGGACGAAGAGGAAAACCAGGGCCACCAGGUUUGAUGGGUCCUCCGGGAAAACCUGGUGAAAUAGGCGAUACUGGAUAUCCAGGAUGGCCGGGAAUCAAAGGUGAUCCUGGAGACAAAGGUGAUAGGGGUGAAGUUAUUGUUGGGGAGAAGGGAGAAAAAGGUGCCAAAGGUGAAGCUGGACCACCGGGUUUGAUAAGCGUAGAAGGAGGACAAAUCAGCCAAAUUACAUCAUUUGAAGGGGAUAAUCAAAUGGGAGUGAGUGUUGUACAAAAUAUCGAUGAACUUAGAAAGCUGAAUAGCACAAUUGGUACAAUUGUGUUCCUUGUGGCAGAAGAGGCUCUUCUUUUACGAGUUACUCGAGGAUGGCAGUACAUUUCGUUGGGAACGUUACUUCCUCUCACAUCACCAUCAAGUCCUAUUAGUAGUCAACAACAUGCACCUGUUGCACCUAUUCGAUCUGACCUUCAAGCUUCUAAUUUGCUGCAUAACAAUUUAGAACCUGUUGUGGGACCUUCUUUAAGGAUAGCUGCACUCAAUGAGCCCUAUACAGGUGACCUAAAAGGAAUGCGAGGAGCUGAUUUCGAUUGCUAUCGUCAAGCACGAAGAGCAGGAUUAGUGGGGACCUUUAGGGCUUUCUUAUCAGAAAGAAUCCAGAAUAUAGAUUCAAUUGUGCAGGAGUCAGACCAUAAACUCCCUGUUGUGAAUAUUCGGGGUGAAGUGCUAUUCAAUUCUUGGAAGGAAAUCUUCAAUGGCCAGGGUGGUUUCUUUGCUCAAACACCACGUAUUUACAGCUUCAAUGGGAAGAAUAUUCUCACAGAUACCUCAUGGCCACAGAAAGCUGUUUGGCAUGGAUCAGAUAUCUAUGGUGAACGAGCCAUGGAAACAUACUGUGAAGCUUGGCAUUCGUCAGCAUCCACAUCUUUUGGCCUGGCCAGUACGCUCUUAAGUAACAAACUUCUCAAUCAAGAAAGGAUUUCCUGUGACAAUAAAUUAGCCGUUUUGUGCAUCGAGGCUCUAUCGCAUAAUGAUUAAAAAGUGCCAAGUAUAAGAGGCAUUUUUUUCCACUUCAAAAAAAAAGCGCUCAAAUUGAAUAAAAAAAACUCAGGUAAGUGGUUGUUAGCAUGUCACCAAAAAUGUCCCACCAAGAAGCAUUAAUAUUCCAACAAUGUGCAUGAACUUUUUCAUCUAAUUGAUCUGACAAAGUAGAGGAUCACUUGGUGGCCAGUAAAGUGGGAGGAGAAUGUGGAGAGGAAUGUGUCUGUAAAUAUAUCACUUCAACCAUAUCAAUGUAAAUUGUGUCCAACAAACAUUUUAGAAUUUUUCUACAUAAAUAUAGAAAUUUUGACUAUCUCUCCUACUAAUACUCAAGCUAAGACAAAAAAAAUACAAAAAUGCUCUUCCCAUUGACUAUACACAUAUGUUAGUAAUUUCAAGAUUAACUCUUUUUUACUAAAAAAAAAACUUUUUUAUAUAUAAAAUAAACAAGUAGAGAUUUUUUUUACCCUUUUAUAUACGUAAGAAAUACAUUUUUGUAUAUUUAAUAGAUGUAAUUGAAAACGAGAAAAUAGAUAACUUUCAUCAUGUGUUCAUAAUUGUAUUGAAAGUGUAUUUAUAGAUGAUUAUUAAUUCUAUCUACUAAUUAACAUUGAGUAUUAAUAUUUUAAAAAUGUUGUACAUAGAACUCUUGAGAGAUUAAGUUUUUUUUGUUAAAGAAUGUUGAAAAUUUUUCUGUACCAUAUCAUUUUAGCUGCCUAAAUAUUGUUACAUUUUGUAUUUGUAAAAGUCCCAGUGUUAUAUUUCCUUGUUUCCGAGUAGAGAAACGAUUUUUGUAGAAUUUGUGGCUAUUUAAUCACUACACAUUAUCACCAAAAAUAAAGGAAAAAUUCAUUCAGAAAGAG